AUGGGUAAGCCAGGAAAAAAAUCUGGAAAGGGAAUGUUGGCACCUACAAAUCCCAGUAGGCGCACCGAUCCCACAAAAACAAAUCUUCGUGAUCAGCGAACUAUUAGACGUUUAAAAAUGUACGUAUCAAAGAUAAAGCGUGAUGAAAAAGGUAAUAUCAUAAAAGGUAGUGUCCUCAAAGCAUCUGAUCGUGUUCAGACUCAAAUGGCGCGAAUUUCACCGGAUCGGCGUUGGUUUGGAAAUACACGAACAAUUGAGCAGGAUGCCCUUCAAAAGUUUCGUGAGGUAAUGCAAGCAAAACACAAAGACCCCUAUAGUAUAAUAAUAAAACAAUCGAAAUUGCCUCUAAGCUUGCUUGAGACACCAAAAAAUGAAGAAGGCUCUAUUAGGCAAGAGAUGCAAUGGGAAAAAACAUUUGGUGACAAGGCAACUCGGAAACGAGCUCGACUUAGUGCAGUUGACAUAGAAACACUUGCAUCCGAAGCAUCAGCUAAAGAGGAGUCCUAUAUUUCUGGAAAGCAAGAAACCGAUAGGAAUCGGAUGAAAAAUACAAUUGAAGUUAAAGCUGAUAAAUCCAAAAAUGGAAUAGUGUUCACAAAGGGGCAAUCAAACCGUAUAUGGUCAGAGCUUUACAAGGUUAUAGAUAGCUCAGAUGUAAUUUUGUAUGUCCUCGAUGCGAGGGAUCCCCUUGGAACUAGGAGUACAUUUCUGGAGGACUAUAUGCAACGUGAGAAAAAGUACAAGCAUUUUGUUUUGGUACUAAAUAAAUGCGACCUAAUACCGCUCUGGGCAACCGCUCGGUGGCUCCAAAUUUUGAGCAAAGAUUAUCCCACUAUUGCUUUUCAUGCAAGUGUAAAUCAUCCAUUUGGAAAGGGGAAUGUAAUCUCUUUAUUAAGGCAGUUUUCGAAGCUUCACAACACCACACAUAGGGGAAGCAAACGAACGAAAACUCCUAUUUCUGUUGGAAUUAUUGGUUAUCCCAACGUUGGCAAAAGUUCUCUAAUAAAUACACUCCGUCGUAAGUCUGUAUGCAAGGUAGCUCCAAUCCCUGGAGAAACUAAGGUGUGGCAGUACGUAGCACUCACACGAUCAAUUUUCCUGAUUGAUUGUCCUGGUGUAAUUUACGAUAAAGAAUCUAACAACGAGGUUCAAGCGGUGCUAAAAGGUGUGGUGCGGAUCGAACGUCUUGGCAAUGCAGAUAAAACGGAAAUUAUUGAUACUGUAUUACAGAUUGUCAAGCCAAAGGACAUCGUUGCGACUUAUCAAGUGAAUAAAUGGUGUGAUGCGAAUGAUUUUAUCGAGCAACUAGCUAAGCUUCGAGGCAAACUUGUCAGCGGUGGUGUACCAGAUGUUGAAGCUGCUUCACGCAUGGUACUUUAUGAUUGGCAAAGGGGAAGAUUACCGUGGUUUAACGCACCACCAUUCGAGUCCAAUAAAGACUACCGUGACGCACUGGAGCAGCCACAUGAUAUACAAAUGAAACAUAUUGAACACUAUAGCACAUUUAAUAUUGCAGAACUCACUAUUACUCAUGCCGGACUGGAAAGUUCUGAUUACGUUGAUGAAAUUGAUGAGACAAAAGAUUGGACUUCGAAAAAAAGAAAGGUCGAAUCCAAAAAAAUGUCACAGAAUUCAGAAGCAACUGUUGCCACGUAUAUUAACGAAAAAGAAGAGCAGAGGAAAAAAGAUAAAAGACGGGAGAAAAGAAGAGCAGCAAGAGAAUUGGACGGUGAUCAUGCAAAUGGAGUAUCAGAUGCAGACGAUGAUGCACUGUGGGAUAGGUUUCUUAAAGCAGCGAAUGCAUAA